UCUAGCGCUGCCAACGAAAUUUAUCGUCUCAUCUGAUCUUUGCAUCCGUCUCCGUUAAUACCUAAAUAGCCACUUCGCGCUAUGUUUUCACUACUCUAGUAACCAGAACUGCCCUUCGUCUGCCUCAUGUCACUCUACAAGUUUUUCCCUACAACGCCACAUCUUAACGAGCUCAUUGCCGCGUUGGUAUUAGACGGCAAGACCCAGAUUCAAACUGAGGAGGAAAGCACAACUCUAUUUCGAUAUGGGUUUUCGAAAGACUGCAGACUAAUAGCUGCAGAGGUCUACAAAAGGAUUGACGAAAUCAAGGCUGCAGUAACAUGGGCAACCGUGGAGAUUCCCAAAAAAGAACCAGCAGCACUCCUCCUUACAUCCGGCCGUCUCACGUCAAACCUACUCCGCGUUGUCGUACCUCUCAAAUCUGCUGAAGCACUCAUGGGAACAAAGCUGCAAUUGUGGAAAGGAGAAUGCUACGAAGAAGUGCCACUAGAGCUGGGAAUGACUUUGAUCUUUGAAGGCGUCCAAUCCACACCACACGAUGUUCCUUUCCUCGUGGUUCCGUUUCGUACGUCAGCGCGUUGAGCUGCCGGGGUAGAAUUUGGUCGCAAUUCGCCUAAUCCAUGAUAUCAUGCAAGAACUGGUCCAGGAAUGUAGCUUCUGUAGUGUUGAAAUCCAAAUCGUUCAGGUACGUAUCCAGGCA